AUGUGCGGUAGAGCUUGAUGUGUUUUAGAGCACUCUGCUGCAAGGGUCCACCGCCUGCACGCCCGGAGUAUGACCUGGUCUGCAUAGGCCUCACGGGCUCUGGCAAGACCAGCCUGCUGUCCAAGCUCUGCAGUGAAAGCCCUGACAGUGUUGUGUCAACAACAGGUUUUAGUAUAAAAGCAGUGCCAUUCCAGAAUGCCAUCUUGAAUGUAAAAGAACUCGGAGGGGCUGAUAAUAUCCGGAAAUACUGGAGCCGCUACUACCAAGGAUCUCAAGGGGUAAUAUUUGUAUUAGACAGUGCCUCUUCAGAAGAUGAUUUAGAGACUGCUAGAAAUGAACUGCACUCAGCUCUUCAGCACCCACAGUUAUGCACUUUACCCUUUUUAAUAUUGGCCAAUCAUCAAGACAAGCCAGCUGCUCGGUCAGUACAAGAGCUGAAAUGGAAUCAUAGUGCUCUGAGUGACAAAGCCUUUAGUAAACUCUGCAGUACUAAACUGUACAUGGCCACUAAAAAGCCAGGAAUGAGGAGGGGACUUGUAAUCUUAAAACACAAACGGUCAAAAAAUAUUUUGAACUUGAACCACUUGCACGUGGAAAACGCUGGAUUCUGCAGCCCUGCUCGCUGGAUGACAUGGAGGCACUGAAAGACAGCUUCUCUCAGCUGAUAAGUUUGUUAGAAGAAAAAGACCAUGAAGCUGUAAGAAUGUGAAAUCUGGUGAAGAAAAUGGGUUCCCACAAGGCCUUGAACCUAUCAUGUUAGUUUCUCCCUUUAAUUUUAUUUUAGUAUCUGGACUGUAAUAGCUUUAGUAUCUGUUUUCUUCCAGUUAUCUCAAACUCUCAUCUCUCUAUUAAAGUAAAUAUUCUGUAAAUCAGGUGACUUAUCAUCGGCAUUACCGUCAAGUACACACUACUGAGAGAGAAUUUAUUCUCUGUUUACCACUAAUUAUCUUCACCUCAUGUCUCUUCCUUCUGUUGUUCUAAGCGGCUCUUCUCUGUGUUAAAAUGGAUGGAAUUUGUGGCCCAUAGAAAUCAAAUCCCGUAUAGAGGACUCAGGGAGACUGAGAACCUUGGCUCAUUGACCCUGGGUUUGGGGUGGAAUGUUGUGUGACUGGCAUCCCCCAUAAUAUGUGUAUCAUUUUCAAAAUCUGUUUGUGGUUUUAUCUUAUUUUUAAGUUUUUUUGUAUACUGGCCUUACAGCAUAUGGGAAAAAAUAAGCAUCAAAAACUUCAGUUAAUCACCUUAUCAGAAAGGAAUAUCCUUGCCAUAGUAAAAUUGACUUCAAAGAACUUAAAGACAAGAUGCCUAAUUUUUUUUAAUUACAUCUAAAGUCUCCCUCAGUCUGCUCUUUGCUAAGAGCAAAGACAUUAUUUCCAUUUUUGAGAAAAGUUAGAGGAAAUUUAGGCACAGUGUAUGCAUCACUGUUCAUCAAGUCCUCAAAUAUUUUUUUAAUGGAAAAAUUACCCAACAUUAAGUCAAGCUGCAGUGUAAUAUGUUUCUGAAAACCUUUUUCUAAAAAUCUUAUGUCUGAUUGAUAUAGAGAAAGUAAUUUUUAAAAUAAUAGACAAAACUUUUUAAAAACAGCCAAAUGAAGUAUAGUUUAUACUGGCUAAGGCUUAAGCUGGCAUGGAUUUGACAAAGAUAAUAAAGGCAGAAUCAUCUGUAUAGUCAUUCAAUAAGUGCUAAUGUAGUUUAAUGGAGUCUGUCAAUGUCUCCAUCCAGUAAUUAAAGGUCUAUCAGUAUUUCUAUUAUAAACCUCUAUUUUCAGGGGUUUCAGUAUGCCCUUAAUAAUGUGCUAGGGCUGCAGCAAAUAAAUAAUUUUAAGGCCUAGAUUCAGUCUUUGGAACUGUUUUUUUGUUUUUGUUUUUUGCAUUUAGUUUAAAUGAUAAAAUUAUACAGAGAUAAAUGUACAGUUUUACUAAGUUUUGGCACCUUUGACUUUUUCUAAAUCAGGAAUAAUCUAUGGAUAUUGAGGUUAAUGGAUAGAUAGAAUACCCUUUGGCACAUUUUGUAGAUUUUUGACCAUUUAAACUACAAAGUGAACAAAUGAGAAAAAACUGCUCCUUUCACCUGAGCAAUAAAAACAUGUUUGGAAUUUUUUUUCCAUUGACUGAUUCCCAAAUACCACAGACUCGAAUUCUAUUACAAGGUGAUGUAAUACCUUGUAAUUCUCCAGAAGAUACAUGUCAUUCAGAUACAGUUUUUGUGGUUUGAUCUUGUGGAUGAAUUUUAAGGAAAUCAUUACCUUUGAAAUAUUGAACACUUCUUUUAAGCUUUCUGUUUUUUUUUUAAUGAAAUGGAUCCAAAAAGAUUCAUAUUCAGAUUUGGUCUGCAGCAUCCUGGAAUAUUUUUAAAACGUAACCCAUGAGCAGCACAAAACUUUUAUUCCGAUGACCACUUGCACAGUUCCUGCUUUUAUUUUGUCCUGUUGUGCUCAUCUUCUAUGAAAAAUAAAUGAUUAUUAGGCAUUGCUUUUUCUGCAAGUUCAUUAAAUGUACAAUGUUGUCUUUUUAAGAUACUGUAGCUGAGUGCUCCUAAGCCAUCUGUUAAAUGACUUCCCGUUGUCUGUGUGUGUGUUCAUGUGUGCGCCAGGGAUGGGCUUCUUCUCAGACCCACGACUGUCUGCAGUGUCUCAGCCGUCAGAAUGAAAACAUUAUCAAUCAGUACCCAACAACAGCUGUUUUUGACAAGUUUCUGUCUGACGCCUAAUGCUUUACAACUGUCAAUAAGGCUCCUUCUUUGUCUAGCAGUUCAGAGCUCGCUGUCUUGCUGCUUCCAUGCGGCAUCCUGUCCUUGUAACCCUAGAAUUUGCUGUGUUUGGGAAAUCCACUUGGGGAAGGGGGGCCUGGACGGACAUGGGUGGGUGGGAGGGUGGUGUGCGUGGUCUGUCAUAUUCCUACUUUCAUGUAAAGUGCCACAGGUGUCUUAGUUUGCAUAUUCGAAUAUUAUAUAGGAAAAACAGUCUGUUAUGUAUUUCUUCACUUAGCUUCUUGUUAUAUUUAUGGAAGUUACCAGUUUUGUACCUUCUUAGCUCAAGCAGUUGCCUUUUUGUAAUGGCAAUUAAUUUAUAUGACAGAACUUUGUAUCUCCUGUAGUUUACAGUAUCAGUUGCUAACUAACUGCCAUAUUGCCCUGUCUUUCUAUUAAAAAAUUCUGUAUCUAUAAUUAAAGGUUAACAGAUUCAUGUGGACAAUUGCCAGGCAAGAAGAACUCGUUUUGUCCGUGAUUUAUAUGAUUUCCACUAUCUUCAAGUGAAAAUAAACGCUGAGUAGAAUUGA